AUGGAAAUAAAAGCUAUACUGGUUGCUGUUGAAACUGCAGCAGUAACUAUUGCGCUUUUUGUUGAAAUCCUUGGGGUAGAGCAUGUUACCAUUUGUUCAGCAUUUAUGUUGCUUUUUGUUGAUAAAGAUCCGCUUGUAUCAGAUGUUGGCAAAAGUUUGGUUCUCAUGCUGCUUAUUGUUGAAGGUCCUGUAUUAGACGAUGCUACUAAUGGUUUUGCACUUGAGGUGUCCAUCGUUGCUGGCCCUGCGGUAGCUAAUGCUACUGAGGGUUCUGUAUUUACGGUGUUCACUUUUGAAGGGCCAGUUGUAGAUGAUGGUACCGAGCGCCCUGCACUUAGAGUGCUCAUAUUUGAGGGCCCUGCGCUUAGAGUGCUCAUAUUUGAGAGCCCUGUUGUAGCUGAUGCAACUGAUGUAUUCAUAUUUAUAGCUAGUUCUGUUUUUGUCCUUGCUGUAGGAGAAGCUAUU